AUGGCAGUGGGUACCACCAUGGCGGGUGAAGGCAGCACUUCAAUCAAGGAGAACCAUUCGAUGAACGGGUCUUCUUCGAAGGGUUAUGUGGUGAAAAGCGCUGUCGCAGACAAGGGCAAUGCCUUGUCCCAUCCGCUUUUUCGGCGAGCGGCGGAAAUGGCAAGCAAGUCAGUUUUUGAAAGCAGCCCAGAGAAGAGCAAGGCAUAUUGCAGCUCCAAGAAUGUACCUGAAGCCGUCGCCAGCGAGGCUCCGGUUGUCUAUGAAAGCCAGCCCUCACGACGGAUAGUGGAUGCGUGCCACACGGAUGGCUCUCAAACGGCGGCUGCAAGGACCCUCAUUGAGAGUGCUGCAGAUGCCGCGGCGAUGGUUUUUGAGAGUACACCGGCAUUGGCUUCGGCCGACGCCUCGUCGAGCCAUGGUGCUGCUCCCGCAGAGUCCAUGGUUUUUGAGAGCAAGCCGCAGGAGUCCAAGGCAGAUGCGCUGCACAGGGCUGGUGCAAGAACCGCAGCAGAUGCUGAGGAGCUCAUUCAGUCAGCUGCAGACUUGUGGACCUCCGGCCAGAACCUUGUGUACGAGAACAAGCCUGCUGCAAGCGAUGCGCAUGUUUCACAUGCAUCUUUGCCCGAGGCGCCCGCGGCAUCGGUCUAUGAGAGCAGUCCUGCUGCUUCACGGGCUGAUUUUAUCAGUGGGAAUGCAUGCCUGGCAGACGCCGCCAGGACACUAAUCGAAGAUGCUGCCGCGCAAGCAGAGCCCACAAUGCCGAAGCCAAAGACACCGUCCGCGGCUGCCGCGAGGGCAACAGAAGCACGAGAUACCAUUGAGAAAGUCGCCGCAUCCGAGCUUUCAAUCGGACAGUCAGGUGCGAGCGUCUUUGAGAGCCAGCCGGCCGAGAGCAUGGCAUCAGCUUGCCAUGGAAAAGAUUACUCCAGCGGGGAAGAGGCGGGAACGUUUCGAGUUUCAAGGUUGAAGUGUUGCGGGGGCCGGAGUACUUGUCAGAGAGGUGUUAGAGAGGUGUGUGCUCGUCCCACUGACAGGUUGUCAGAGUCAUCGUUCUCACAGAGCAUCGGGUUCCACUCAAGUCCCUUGCUUCGUCUCUCUCCCUGCUGA